UGAUAGCUUAAGUCACAGUUGAAUAUAAGAUCAACCAUAGGCAUAGACUUUGUUGUUUCUUUUCUUUUUUUGUUUUUUUGGGCUGUGUUGUGUUGGGCAUUGGUUAUGAAUCAUGAUAGAUAUUAGAUAGGACUUAGGAGUGGAGACUGUUUGUAUUUGAGACUGAAAAGCAAAGAAUGGCACUCCACUUUUAGGCUGUAAUCUGAGACAUCUAACCCCAGCUUUCACCACCCAUCAUCCUUACAAUACACAUAAUUCAGGGUCCACUCCUACACUAAAAUUCAAAAAAGUGAGAUAAAUAGAUAAGCAAGAUCCCUUCCGGGUUCAAGUUCCAAACUUUGCCUUCUCCCCCAAAUGGGUUCCUCUGAUCGAUUGUUCAACCGGCAAAGAACACUUCAUGAGAUCCUUGGUGGUGGUCAAGCUGCAGAUUUAAUACUGUGGCGGCGGAAGAACCUAACUGUGGGGAUAUUGUUGGUCACACUAGCUGUUUGGGUUGUGUUUGAAAGAUCUGGUUAUACUCUUCUGUCUCUUGUUUCUAAUGUUCUCCUCCUCCUCAUUGUCAUUCUUUUUCUUUGGGCCAAGUCAGCAGCAAUUCUCAACAGACCUGCUCCACCUCUACCACAGUUGUAUCUGUCAGAGGAAAUGGCGAACGAAGUGAAAACUUUUAUCUGCACCAGAGUCAAUGAUCUGUUAUCAGUUUCUCAAGAUAUUGCCCUUGGUAAAGACUCAAGGCUGUUCCUUAAAGUAGCUACAUACCUCUGGUUAAUUUCUAUUAUUGGUGGCUUGACUGAUUUCCUUACCCUGGCAUACACCAGCCUUUUUAUUGUUCUCACAGUACCAGCAAUAUAUGAAAGAUAUGAAGAUUACAUAGAUAUGUAUAUCUUGAAGGGUUACAGAAAACUGUGCCUAUUGCAUGUGAAAAUAAAUGAGAAAUAUGUCAGCAGAGUCCACAACUGGAUUCUGGAGAAGAAAAAGCUGAGCUGAGUUUGUUUUUGUACAUUCAUUUUGAUAUUUCCUUUUAUUAUUCUUCUAAAAAAUUUCUUACAGGAUCACUGGUGAGAUUGUAAUUGUGAGUUUGAGGGACAAUAGUGAUCUCCCCCUCCCCCCGCCACCAAAACAAAAAAAGAAGAGUGUCUUCCUUUUGCAUUCUCCAUCUUUAAUGAUGGAUCACUUUUUUGGUACAUAAUGAUCAACCUCUUAAGUUGGACUGGUU